CCAGACGGCCACAGCGCCAGCUAUCCCGGCGGGCCUCGCGCGCGGCCGCUUUUGAAUGGCCCUGAGUGGGACUCGGCCCAGAAGCCGAGGGACACUCUAGGCGGCCGGGCACGGAUGUUCAGCGCCCGGGCUGGACUGAGGCACUGCGGUACCAUGAGGCGCCGGUACUUAAGAGAUUAUGGCAUCGGAAACCCACAAUGUUAAAAAACGGAACUUUUGUAAUAAGAUUGAGGAUCAUUUCAUUGAUCUUCCUAGAAAAAAGAUCUCUAAUUUCACUAAUAAGAACAUGAAGGAGGUUAAGAAAUCUCCAAAACAGUUGGCUGCUUACAUAAAUAGAACAGUUGGACAAACUGUUAAAAGCCCAGAUAAACUUCGUAAAGUGAUCUAUCGCAGAAAGAAAGUUCAUCAUCCAUUUCCAAGUCCUUGUUACAGAAAAAAACAGUCCCCUGGAAGUGGGGGCUGUGACAUGGCAAAUAAAGAAAAUGAACUGGCUUGUGCAGGCCAUCUGCCUGAAAAAUUACACCAUGAUAGUCGAACAUAUUUGAUUAACUCCAGUGAUUCUGGUUCUUCACAGACAGAGAGCCCAUCAUCAAAAUAUAGUGGGUUUUUUUCUGAGGUUUCUCAGGACCAUGAAACAAUGGCCCAAGUUUUGUUUAGCAGAAAUUUGAGAUUGAAUGUAGCUUUAACUUUCUGGAGAAAGAGAAGUAUAAGUGAACUUGUAGCUUAUUUAUUGAGGAUAGAAGAUCUUGGUGUUGUGGUAGAUUGCCUUCCUGUGCUCACCAAUAGUUUACAGGAAGAAAAACAAUAUAUCUCACUUGGCUGCUGUGUAGACUUGUUGCCUCUAGUAAAGUCGCUACUUAAAAGCAAAUUUGAAGAAUAUGUUAUAGUUGGUUUAAACUGGCUUCAAGCAGUCAUUAAAAGGUGGUGGUCAGACCUGUCAUCCAAAACAGAAAUUAUAAAUGAUGGUAAGGGAGGGAAAAGAGAUACCCACAGUAGAAUAAGGAAUGGAGGUGUCCUGCAGGGUCCUAUUUUAAAACAACAAUUAAGUGGAUUAUGGGAACAGGAAAACCAUCUUACUUUGGUUCCAGGAUAUACUGGUAAUAUAGCUAAGGAUGUAGAUGCUUAUUUAUUACAGUUACAUUGAGAGAUUUCAUCUACUAAAAGAGCAUUUGGUUUUUCAAAAGAUCCCUGAACUAUAUGAUUUACAACAAAAAAGUCUCGUCUGAGAACUGAACUGUGGAAGAAAUCAAAAGUAUUUUUUCUUUUAAAAAGCCACAUAAUGAAACCACUAAUGAAACUCCAACAAUCUACUUCACAUUGAAGUGGAAAGCAGCUUCAGCUUCAUUGAGGUGAAAGUGCACUUUGAAGAUUGUUCACCUUUGUUGCAUUUGGGAGUUAUAUGGUUAUUUGGUAACAUUAAGAACUAAUGGAUUUUAAUGCAAUUCUGCAUAAGAAUAUAAUUUAUACUUUGUGAAAAAAUAAGACAGGACUUAUUACUAGGAACCACCAAGACCAAUCAUCGUUAACUUUUUUAAGAUUGUGUUUUAUUAAAAAAAAAAAAAAAAAAAAAAAAAAAAAAAAAAAAAA